CUGCGUGCUCGUGCGGGGGCAACGUAACAUCUGCGCGUAAGCGGUCGUGGUUGUUGUGAAGAUGGCGGAGGGGGAGACAGAAAAGGAAUAUGAUACACGGAAAAGCACCGAGGAGCUGCGAGGGCGCUUCCAGGCUCUGACCACGGCUUUAAAAGAAAGUCCGCAGCCUCCGCUGGAAGCCUCGCUGCGCUUCUGCCAGGAGUUCUGCCAGGUUCUGGUGGAACAUGCUGGUCGUUGGAAAACCGAUGAAGACCCGCUGCCUUUGCUGGAGGUUUACACCGUGGCCAUCCUCAGCUUUGCUAAGGCUGCUUCCUGUCUCUCCUUCGAUUGUGAAAAUGUGUCGCUUCUACUUGAAAAGUUGGCAUUGAGCUGUGCGGAACUGCUGCUUUCAGUGCCCCAGCAUGUCCCUGGUGCCUUAUGGGAGGAGUUCCAGUCCUCCGUGAAGUUGGCACAAAGCCUUUUGCAGGAAAGUGGGAGCACACAGCUCCGUCUGCUCUCAGUUCUGGCACAGCAGGACGGCGUAUGGGCCAACACCACAUUAAGCAGCAUCCUGUCCAAUCAGAUUCCACGGACUGAACAAGUGCACGAGUAUCUUGAGUCUGAAGGUCCCACACUUCUCAACUUGCGGAUCAAGCACCUUAUCAAAGUGGACAGCGUCGACAAAGCCGCUGCGCUCGCAAAGAUUUGCUCAGAGUAUCCAGGGUAUGAAGGAAAAGGCAGCUUCAAGCAGACCUACCUGGUUUGCAUCUGCAUGACAAAAAGUCAGGAGCAGCUGAUGGAAGAGAUUUUACCGAUCGACUGCAAAGAUGCUCUGGAGAUGAUCUGCAAUCUGGAGUCGGAGGGAGAUGAGAAAGCAGCUCUGUGUCUGUGUACCGCCUUUCUGAAGCGACAGCUGCUCCAAGGAGACGUUUACUGUGCCUGGGAACUUACGUUGUUCUGGAGUAAACUACUUAUGCGGUUGGAGGCGUCCGCUGAUUCGUUCCUCAGCCACAGCAAGCAGAUGGCCCUCCUGUGCGGAAACGUCUGCCACAUUCUAUUUCUCAUCAAAGUUAUUCAAAAUGAGGUUGGUGAGGUGGGACUUCCAGUGUGCAUAGAAAUGUGUAUUCAAGCUCUAAAAAUGACCACCAAUGAUCACAAAGAAAGCAAGUCUACCAUCUGCAAAACCAUUUCUUGCCUCCUGCCAACUGAUCUAGAGGUCAAACGGGCAUGCCAGCUGACCGAGUUCCUCUUGCAACCGACUGUUGACUCGUACUACGCAGUGGAGUCGUUGUACAACGAACCUGACCAGAAGCCGGAGGAGGACGGGAGUCUGCCGGUGCCGAAUUCUUUACGCUGUGAGCUGCUGCUGGCCUUGAAGACACAGUGGCCUUUUGAUCCGGAGUUCUGGGACUGGAAAACACUUAAACGCAACUGCUUGGCGUUGAUGGGAGACGAGGCCGCUAUAGUGUCAUCUAUUGACACACUCAAUGACACAGAUGAACAGGAGAUGGAAAACGCUCUCGGAAAGCUCCCCGAAUACAAAGAUCUGGAGGAUUUUUUGCUUACCACUACAAAUGAACUCAAUGAAAUCACGGAUGAAAAAGAGAAGAACAGAGAGGCUAAAAAACUUCGGGAGCAAGGGUUUGUGUCCGCUCGCUUUAGAAACUGGCGGGCCUAUAUGCAGUAUUGUGUUUUGUGUGACAAGGAGUUCCUGGGCCACAGAAUCGUCCGUCACGCCCAGAAACAUUUCAAAGAUGGGGUGUAUCUUUGUCCAAUUUGUGCUGACAGUUUUGAAAGCAGGGAGGUGUUAGAACCACAUGUAGCAUCACAUGUAAAGCAAUCGUGCAAAGAGAGACUGGCAGCAAUGAAAGCUGCAAGGAAGGUAACCAAACCACCUCAGUCGCCUAAAAGUCCGUCAAAAAUGGUAAAAGUCGCAGCCAAGACUAGCAUAAAUCCUGUUCAAUUCAAUCCUCAAAUUGGCAACAUCCCCACACCCCCUGUUAAAAUGGAGCAGCCUCAACCCAGCACUCAGAUCAGUCAAGACUGUUACUGUCCUGUUACAAACUGCACAAAGGCUUUUAAGUUCUUUCGCAACCUAAUGGCUCAUGUCAGAUCGCACAAGGAUGACGAGGAGGCCAUGAGGUUUUUGGAAAUACAGAAGCAGAAAGUGGUGUGCCAGUACUGCCGGAGGCAGUUCGUUAAUGUCAGACACCUCAAUGAUCACCUGCAGAUGCACUGUGGCAGCAAACCGUACAUAUGCAUACAGCUGGACUGCAAGGCUAACUUUAAUUCCAACUCUGAGCUACUCAUGCACAGAAAAAUGCACCCUGAAUUUAAAGCUCAGUGCAUGUUCCCAAACUGUGGUCAAGUUUUCAGCGAGGCCUAUUUGUUAUACGAUCAUGAGGCUCAGCAUUACCUCACGUACACCUGCCAAACAGAUAACUGUAGUAAGAUUUUCUACUCACAGUCUGAGUUCCUGUCUCACCAGGAGCAUCACAGAGAAAAUGUUGCAGUGAACAGUUAUGUCGUUAUGAAUCAAAACCCGGCUGUCCCCGUAAACCCUGAUCCUCUACCUGAGAGCUCCCACAUUACUGAAGAUGCGCGCCCCUCUGGUUUUGGUUUUGAAAUUAAUAAGCGAGACGGAUUAAUGAAUGAAGUGUCAAAGGUAAACGAAUCGUCGUGCAGAUCGCCAGAGGUUGCUCAAGAUCCUAUGAAAGUGAAACACUCGAUUGAAAACAUGCUGAAUUCAAUGGCAGGUAAUGGAAUGAAAGAACCAGGGAACUGUUACACUCCACUCACUAACCCCACUCCAGCACCCGAUGAUGCAGAUAUUCCACAUGCACACCAUGAUGCGGCAAGGCAGGGUGACAUUCCUCCAGCGUAUCCUGUUCCCUGCGCAACCAAUCCUGUAGCAGCGCCUCAGGAAUCCAUGCAUAAGGAGGUACAGAACGAGUUUCAGAAAAUGGUCCUGCCUAUCAUCUCGCCAAAGCAAAUCAAGACAGAGAUUCCCAGUUCCAUGCAAGGAUAUCCCUCAAACAAUCCUGUUGUUCCUGCAGGAAAUGAGGAAAACUUGCACUGCUGCCCAAGUAACGAAUGCUCAAGGGCAUACAGUACAAACAAAAGCCUAUCCAGGCACGUUAAGAAGCAGCAUCCUGAAUUAUUUGAAGAUUGGAAAUUGGCUAAGAAGUAUAACAAAGUUGCCAAAAUCACAGCAAAAAAGAGGAGCAAGCAGUCCAACCCAACAGCAAUACUAUGCAACAAACCAGCAGUGCAGCAGAUGGACUAUCCAAUGGGAUGCUCAGCCUCACCCUCUCAGUGUUACCCUGGAUCAGUUGAGCCUGUGCCUAUAACCCCAAUGGUCAAUCCCUCAUUGUACCCCUCCUGGGGGUGCCAUAACAAUCCCAAUGCAAUGAUGCAGUCAGACAUGUCACAGUCUUGGUCUCCACCAAUGAAUAAUUGCUACCCUGAUGGCUUCGGCAUGAACGAAUACUCCUCCCGCAGCUAUCCUCCCUGGCAGGGAGACCCAUACCACAACCCCAUGCCUCACGCUUCUGACCGAGAUCCUUCAAUGGCAGCUAUAAACAGUUCCCCCAUGUCGCCUGCUCCUUCAGAAUCAACUCUGAUGUCUCAGUAUGUAUCCAGUUCUCUCAUGCUCGACAAUGGGGGACACAUGCAUAAUGGAGGACAUCAGUAUGGACUGAUGCACGCUGAUGGUCCUGGGGACCACCCAGAUGUGAGUAAAAGCAGUGCAAGUAUGAUAGGACACCUAGAUAAUGGAAACAGUCUCUCAACCAUCGACACACUCCCUGAUGGAAGUUACCACACUCCGUAUGCUCCAAGUGAAAACUCGUGUCUCACUCAGUGCUCUUCUGUUGACAUCCCCAUGAAAUGCGUGAGCCCUGAGCCGCAGAUUCCCUUAAAGGAUUCCGAUGAAAUUGCUAAAACUGAGAACACAUCCAACCCUGGUUACAAACAGAUCGACAAUUCAGUCGACGGUGUGAUCAGUCCUCAGAACACCGCUCACAAUGAUUUUCCUUACGAAGAGGAGUGUGCCGAUACUGAUUGCCAGGCUAACCCUUCAGAGGAAAAGGCAGCAGACCCCGAGAUUGUGAAAGGAAAACGCAGCCGGCUGAGCAAGCGUACCAAGUGGCCUGCAAUUAUCAAGGAUGGCAAGGUCAUAUGCAGGAGGUGUUUUAGAGAGUUCACAAGCACCAAAUCUCUUGGUGGUCAUCUCUCAAAACGCUCCCAGUGCAGACCAUUGGAUGAAAUUGACCUGACAGCAGACCUCCCUACGUCGUUUCUGGAUUUUCUCAAUGAUCCUCAUGUCCCUGACACUAACGGCUCAGUGUUCAACGUGCCAAACGGAGAUUUCACAGAUGGAUCCAGCAACCUCAUUCCCCUGACUUCACAAGCGAUGUUGAAACAGGAGCCUCAAAAUACAAACAUAAUGGAGGAUUCGAGUUCCUUCCCCACUCGCCCCGAAAACCAGCAGGACAAACCAGCAGAGACUGCAAAUCCCCCACAUGGCGGGCCUUAUCGGGAAGAUAACCUAAUGGAAAUUUCCAGCGCGUUCCAAAGGAUGGAUUUGAUUGAGGCGGCACAGGAGAAGAUGAGGAAAGCUAUGGCUUUAGAGAAGAAGGAAAAACCUUCUAUAGUGGAAAGAGGUAAAUGUAAAUUACAAAGUAAAAGUGAUGAGAAGCCCAUUGAAAAGGUACUCAAACCUUUUAAAUGUCAGCAGGAUGACUGUGAGUUCUCAUUCAUGACGAAGGAAGCCUUAUUCAAACAUUUGAGUAAAAUGCAUGAUUUUUCUAAUGAGAUGAUCGACGAACUCAAAAGAACACCAUCCAAACUGUCUCCGUACCCUUGUCAGAUCUGCCCUAAAACAUUUACCAGAACAACAGGCUUGAGAAUUCACUAUGAAAAAGUCCACCGCCUAUCAAAGGCGGAAAUGCAGAAGUUAAAAAUCAGUGCUCGGAAUCGGCGUGCCUUCAGACUUAGCAAAGACGGCGCAAUUAAUAAUCAACCAAAAGUUGAGCACAAUUCCAAUCCCCCAGCAGCAUCAGCACCUGUAAUGCCUACUUUAAAACAAGAACCGCUUGACAUUGCGAUAGCACCUCAACCAGAGUAUGCAAAUCCCCCACUUGUUACUGAAAUCCCUCCAGAAGAUGCUGUGAACCGGGUGUCCGUACCCGAGAUACAAACUGUUACUCGUCUGCCAUCACCUCAAAAUUAUCUGGCUGAAAAGCAGCUUGGGGAGGUGGCACCACCGGCUCCUAAAUUGACUCCAGAACGUCCUAAAUUGGCUGUUGUACAUAGAAGUCCAAAAAAGAAAGCAAAUUCCAGUGUUAAAGCGAAACUGAGUCCUGUUACCAAAGCAAAUGGGCAUCAGGAAAAUUCAGACGUAUGUUUGAAUAUAAUAAAGGAACCAAAGUCCUCCAAUGGAUCUGUCUGCCUUUCCCCAGAGAGGCCAAGCAGCUCCAAAAGCACACCGACAAAGGAGGAAAGGAAGGAGAAAUUACCGAAAAGGACAAGCCUCAAAUUGUGUGAGACAGACAACGCCUUCAGCCCGUACAGACCAUAUCGGUGUGUUCAUGAAGGAUGCACUGCAGCGUUCACCAUCCAGCAGAAUUUGAUCCUCCAUUACAGGGCCAUGCAUCAGGCAUCGCUCCCUCCCACCAAAGCAGAGUCUGAGUCUGAGAAAACGUUCCUGGAGGUUGAAACAGAGAUCAGUCCCAGCAUAGGAAAAGAUGACGAGGUCAGGUGCCAGGUGAGAAACUGCUCCAGAGUGUUCAUGGGAGUCACAAGAUUAGUGCAACAUUACCUCUUACUUCACAAGUUCACUUGCGACAAAGCAACUUCCAUGAUGGCCAGCAUGGCCUUGGGUACUUUUAACUGUGAUCGGCCUGAAUGCGCUCUCCCCUUCGACUCCGUGGAGAAGUACAUCGAGCACAUCAAGAACUACCACAAGGAGAUCGCUAUUUCCGAGAGAGGUUCGGUCGAUCCAACAUUCCGGUGCGAGUACGACGGAUGCGACCGCGUGUACACUACAAAAUCCAAUCUGCUCCGUCACCUGAUCAAAAAGCACGACUACGUCUACGAUCCCAAAGCAACUGAUGGGAGACGGACCAAAUCAGUUGGGCUCUUUCCAGGGAUUAACAAUGGAAAAGAAAAUGUUGAAAAUAAAUUCAAAAUGAAAAAGAAGAACACUAAAAAGAAAGAUGGGAAGGCCAUUGAACACUGGACCAGUUUUGGUAAGCCUACACUAAAAUCUCACGAAGAGGCAUCGGCCAUGUGCAUCAAGAAGUCCGCCCUGCAGUACCCGUGCAUGAUCAUAGGAUGUGAUGCAGUGGAGCGGGCUGAAAGGAGUAUAUUUAAGCAUUAUGCAACUCAUGGCCUCACAGAGAGAUACAUUGAAGACCAGAGGAGUCAGUUCAUUUUCUGCAAAAAGUACUCUCGCUCUAGAUUCAAAGAUGCAAGCAAGUCAGAAGGUGCAUCAAGUUCCUCUGAGACAGAAGCAGAUGAAGGGGGAAAGCCUACUGAGCAAGUAUGUGAGCAGAAAAUUGAGGAGGAAGAGGAGAAAGAAGAAGAAAAGGAGGAGGAGGUGGUGGCAGAGAAAAUACCUGAAGAAGAAAACAAGGUGUCAACUGACAAUACUGUAGAAUCUCAAGCUUCCAUGGCGACAGAGGGAGGCCCUAAAAGAGGGCGUCCCAGAAAACCUCCACAUCCCACACCAGCUUGUCAAAAGAGGAUGCAAACCCUAAGAAACCGCUUGACUGUUAACAGUUCAACAGAGAACUCAAAUCCUGGGACCCCAACACCCCAGGAGCCACAGGAAGAAGGGGCUACUCCGGGGUCUCUCGAGCCUUCAACACUAGAGGACUCAAUCGUUACACUUUUGGAAACAUCGGAGACGACAAACGCUUCUAAACGCAAACUAAACGAAAAACCCAACGCAGAAGUUCCCCCCAAACGAAAACAAACUCACAAACGGAAAGCUGCAUUUAAAAGCAAAAAGACUCAUGAACUGAAAUGUGGCAGCAAUGUUGUAGACUUCAGAAAUCCACUAAAUCUUAAAUCUGUGAGUAAUGUAAAAAUUGUUAUGGAUAAAACAUUUUCAGAAGGUGCAGAUUCUGUACUUAAGCAGUUACAAUGUAUGAAGCCAAUGGUUAUUAUUAAGAGGUGGCUUUAUAGCAGGUCAUAGCCCGAUGUUUUGUUUUUAACUCAAUAUUACUCAGGAUUUGAGAUUUUAUGCUGCAGAAUGGAUUGUUUCAUAAAGCAUCAGAUUUCCAACUGUUAACAGUCAUUACCACAGGUGACGAUGAAAAGGCCUAUUUUAUACUUCAUUAAUAAUGUCUCGGAUGAUUUUAAGUAUGUAUGUUAGUUAUAAUAACCAGGUAAUCUAUAGGGCAUAGAUUUUAGAAACAUGUUUGUAUUUAUGCUUAGUACUGAAGAUGUUUUUCUGUUUUUCUUAUUUUUUGUUUUGUUGUUUUUUUUUUUGCUAAAUGGACACUUUUAAAGAAAACUAUGUUUUUAAUAUAUCCCUAUGGGAUUUCAAGUUCUGUUUGUAUUUAUUUCAUCCUUUUUCAACACUAGUAGACCUAUCUGUAAUAUUUACAUGUCUUCCACAAAGUGUUCAAUAAAAUGUUACUGUUUUUUUUGUAAAA